UCAAGGUGAAUACGUGAAAGUUUCAGGAGGUGCGAUGAAAUUCAAAUGUCUUCGAACUAUUUUGUUUACAGUACGAAAAACCUACUAAAAGAGAUAAAGAACAUUUUUUCAGGUAACAUUCCGGUUUCUUUAGCAAGACUGAUGGAAAAUACCAAGGCUGACAACGAAUCAACUGGCUUGCAGAUAGACCUGUACCAGAUCACCAUGGCCUAUGCCUACUGGAAGAGUGGAAAGAUGAACGAUAAAUCUACGUUUGACCUAUACUUCAGGAAGAAUCCCUUCAAGGGAGAGUUCACAGUGUUUGCUGGGUUGGAAGAAUGUAUAAAGUUUAUUCAGAACUUCCAUUUUUCUGACAGUGACAUCUCCUACUUGAAGAGUGUGCUGCCACAGGACAUUGAGCCCGACUUCUACACAUACCUGAAGAACCUGAACACAGACAAUGUGGUCAUGUAUGCUAUGGAUGAAGGGACAGUGGUGUUUCCCAAAGUCCCUCUUCUUGUUGUGCAAGGACCUCUGCCUGUGGUACAACUGAUGGAAACAGCAUUGCUCAACCUUGUAAACUAUGCCAGCUUGGUGGCUACCAAUGCCAUGAGGUUCCGACUGGCAGCAGGUAAGAAGACACAGUUACUAGAGUUUGGUCUGAGACGAGCCCAGGGACCAGAUGGUGGCCUGUCUGCCUCACGGUACUGCUAUCUGGGGGGGUUUGAUGGGACUAGUAAUGUGUUGGCUGGGAAGAUGUUUGGGAUCCCUGUGCGAGGCACUCAUGCUCAUGCCUUCAUUACUUCAUUCCAUUGCAUUGAGGAGCUGACGAUCAGGACACUCUGCAAACCUGACACCAAAGAAGAAGUGAACUUUGUUAAUAUAUGUUUGAAAUGGCAGCAAGAGCUCUCCAAAGUCUUAGGUUUCCUAUCAGAUCAAGUGCGUGAUGGUGAACUUGCAGCUUUUAUCACCUAUGCAUUGGCGUUUCCUGACAGUCUCAUUGCUCUCAUCGAUACAUAUGAUGUGAUCAGGUCCGGCCUGCCAAACUUUUGCACUGUUGCCAUGGCACUUCAUGAGGUGGGCUACAAGGCCUGUGGGAUCCGACUUGACAGUGGUGACUUGUCCUAUCUCUCCAGACAUGUGCGCCACACCUUCAAGAAGAUUGCAGACAAGUACAGCCUGCCUUGGUUUGAGAGCCUGGCCAUAGUGGCCAGUAAUGACAUCAACGAGGACACCAUACACUCCCUCAACCAGCAGGGUCAUGCCAUUGACAGUUUUGGAAUAGGAACCCAUCUGGUGACCUGCCAGAAGCAACCUGCUCUGGGAUGUGUGUUCAAGCUAGUUGAGGUGAACAGCAAGGCCCGUAUCAAGCUGAGUGAGGAUAUGGAGAAAGUCACCAUCCCUGGCUGCAAGUUUGCAUUCCGCCUGUAUGGACAAGAUGGCAACGCGCUGGUUGAUCUGAUGAUGCAGACAGAUGAGGAAGAGCCUCAGGUCAACCAGAGGACGCUGUGUCGACAUCCAUUCCAGGAAUCCAAGCGAGCAUAUGUAAGCCCAGCCAAAGUAGAAAGACUCCACAAACUGUACUGGGAUAAUGGCAAGGUGGCUCAACCAUUGCCAUCACUGAAAGAAAUCCGAGAUACAGCCAAAUCAUCCCUCAAUUCUAUACGACAAGACCACAAGCGAGCCCUCAACCCUACUCCAUACAAGGUUUCUGUCUCUGACAACCUGUACACGUUCAUCCAUGAUCUGUGGCUGGAGAGUGCACCAAUAGGAGAGCUCUCCUAGACAUCUCCCAGCCACACCUGAUUAGGACGUCUCUGUUCCAGUGGCGGGAGAGCUCAUGAUCACUCUGUUGUUGUCAGACACCCAUGUUUUUGUCACAUCUCUGAGCACUCUUGUACCUUAUCUUGCUUCAUUUCUUCUUUCUUUGACAUGUGAAUUUGUUUGUUGAUACAACAGUUAUUGUUGAGCUUCCAGGCAGUAGGUUGCCAUCCAGUGGAACUCUAAGGUAGUAAUAAUUACUAGUUGUAGUUACAGUAAUAAUGGCCAACCUGGGGCUGUGGGUUGGCCUAUUUGUGCCUACUGAUGUCUUGCCCACUGUGGAUCCUCAUGUCUUGGCGAGAUAUGUGUGCAUGUUGGUGAGGACUACACAGCAUGGUUCCCAGAGCUCAGUAUUGCUGUAUUCAGAGUGCUAGACACAAUAUGUAGAGAUGGGAUAAGAAUAUGUUUUUAGGUUUUUGUUAUAUACAAAUCUCAUUAAUUUUGAAGCUGUACAGUUUUAAAAUGCAAUUUUUAGAACCUUCAGUGAUAUAUUGUUUUAUGAUAUACAAUUUUUAUGAUGUUAUAAUCUUUUUUGAUGAUAUAUAUUUAAUUGGAUUGUAUAUUUACUUGUGCCAGGUCAUAUUUGAUGUUGCUGGUCAGGGUAGAGUGCGUGUGUCAUGGCAAUAAUUGAUGCAUAUGUCUUUACUGGGGUAAUGUUAUCAUACAUGCACAGACUAUCAGACAGAGAUAAGUAUUAUUCAAUAGGAAUAAUGUCCCUUGAACUUACUGGUCAUAAAUGUACCGUAUCAACAGUGGUCUAUUUAUGUACAGGUUUCAUGUAGUACAUGUACAAUGCAAUACAUUUUAGGGUUAUUUAUUUUUAGGGCAUAACAACUAAGUGGUAACUACCUCCUGUCAAGAGUAGACAAUCAGUUUACAGGAGAUGAAUAUUUCUCUUUAUAGCAGAUAAAUGGAACUCCACCUAUAGCUGUUACAGUCUUAAGAAGACAGAGUCUGAUACUGUGUCAGCUGCAGGGGUGAUGAUGAUGAUGUUCUGUCUGUGACACGGUGGGUUAGAAUUAGACUGAAGGUAUUGUCUCCUCUAAAGAACCUCAACAACUAGGACAUGUCAUAUGCUAAGUACUAACAGUGCUCUAAAUAGUAAAGUGAAAUUUAGUAUGAAAGAAUAUGUUCAUAUGUGAUUUAUUUAAGUCAAUUAAUUAAGUAAAUUUUGUCAAGUGCAUAAUAAAAGCCACUGCCACUGCCAUAAUUUCAUAAUAGUGAAAUUACAUGACAUUACACGAUAUUGUCGGGGCAUGUCCACAAACACUUGAGACAAGAGAACAAAUUGUGUGGCUGUGUCCAGUCCGUAAAUAAGCAGGGGUCUGUGACCUUUGGAAAAUGGACAAAUUUGAGGAACGUGCUGUGGUCAAGUUUUUGACAUCAUGUAAUGUCCACAUCAAAAGAGUUUACUGUUAAGAAAUCCCUUCUGUAACAUACUGACCAUCUACUACAUACUCAACAUCUAUAGUAUACAAAACAUCUAGAUUCUAAUAAACAUCUAUAUUGUAUUAAACAUGUAUAUUGUACAAUGCUCCUUAUGUCUAUGUACUUGUACAUUUAUGAGCCUGUCCAGAUUUGUGAAUUCAUUUUAAUUGUUUAAUAUGAUAGUGUCCUACAGUCAUGGAAAGAUGUACACCUGUAGAGUGUCUGUAGUCUGUCAGCAUGGACGGUGCUGUAGACACCGGGAACUUCACACAUGGCUAAGUUUGUGUACUUAUCAAGUUCCAGAUAAUCUACAGCACUGUUCCUGUAUACAUGAUGAAGAUCAAUAAAUCCCUAGAUAUUCCAUGUCCGUUGAAUGUGCUUAUAGACAUAGGAUCUACUUUUCAUCAGUCAGUCAUGUAUUGUGUCAUAUAGCUGAUGAGAAACAAGUAGGCUUGCUUGAAACAGUGAAUCAUCGCAACAACUAAGAAGAUAAUCAUUCAUACUAUCUUGCCACUAGUUACAUGUCAACAUUUGCACGCCACAAUAGAGCAUAGCAAGGUGGUACACUCACCAGUGUGUGUCCAGCAGAUACUGGACACUGUACAACACGCAGUGACAACAGAGCAUAGCAAGGUGGUACACUCACCAGUGUGUGUCCAGCAGAUACUGGACACUGUACAACACGCAGUGACAAUAGAGCAUAGCAAGGUGGUACACUCACCAGUGUGAGUCCAGCGGAGGAGGAUGUUUACACGUAUGGUUAACCCUAGCACAGUUCAUGUGUUGUGCCAGCAAGUGAAUAAUCAACAUCAAAACAUGGGUGAAAUAGUUUUUAAUGCAUAAAUGUGCUUAAGACUUUGUUGUACAUCUUAUGAAAAAGACUUGACUCUUUUGAAAUGCAAACUUUGUAUGGAAUCUUUUUCUCACUUAUAAAGAUACAUGUGGAGGACCAUAA